AGUCUUACGAAUAUACUUAGACAAAUUUUGACGUGUCCAACGCUAUCCCACAAAUGGUGCCGGUGAGAUCCCGUAGCCCAUUGGCAUCGCAUAGGAAGCCGCAGAUGGAACUACUUUGCAUUUUGCAACAUCAUCCCGGUACGCUGAGAGACUCCAUUCUGCUUUAGCUCGGUCCACCAGCCUUCGCCAUCUUUUUAUCGUGUCCUCUUUUGCGGUUAUGGUUCGCGCGGCCCGCCUUGUUCUUAUCCUUCCACGCACGGUCCCGCGCAGCGUCCCCGGCACCACCACUAGACCCAUCGUGCGCGGGUCCACCACCUCUUCCGCGCCCGCGUCCACCACGCCCGCCACCACGUCCACGAUGCCCGCCUCUGCCUCGCGCGUCUGAGGGCCCGGGCGUCCGCAAGGGCGCGAUCGAACCGCGCUGAUUCCCCACGAACUCGUGCUUCUGGAGGAUCUUAUCUUUGUUCGGCUGGUGGUGAUGUGA